AUGGCCUUCCUGCAAGCCUUCCAACAGAGGCAAGUGCAGCUAGGGAGGAUCAACCGUUCUUACAUGGUGCUUAUCCCAAAAAAGCCUGGAGCUGUAGCUAUGGACGCAUUUAGACCAAUAUGCCUACAAAAUUGCUCCAUCAAGAUACUUAGCAAAAUGCUCACAAGAAGACUGCAGAAAGAGAUUGGGAACUUGAUUGACCUACACCAAACAGGCUUCUUAAAGGGUCGCUCUAUCUCUGAAACUUUCGUCUUUGCAGCUGAACUGAUUCAGACUUGCAACAAAAGGAGACUGCCGACCUUGGUGCUUAAGUUAGACUUUGCGAAGGCCUUUGACACAGUGAUUUGGGAGAGUUUGGACACUAUUCUAAAGGCCAGGGGGUUUCAUGAUAGAUGGUGUGCUUGGAUGCGGGAUACCCUAUCCUCAUCGAAAUCGGCGGUGCUUGUUAAUGGUUGCCCGGGCCCUUGGAUUACAUGCAAACAGGGCCUGCGACAAGGUGAUCCGUUGUCGUCCUACCUCUUUCUUCUGGUGGCUGACUCUCUUCAGGCUAUGAUCCGGUCAGCAGCGACGGUCAGGAGUCCGGUGGACAGUGACAGCCCCUGUGCGGUUCUUCAGUAUGCGGACGAUACUCUGCUGGUUCUACGGGGUGAUGUUGCUGAAGUCCAAGCUUUGAAGAAUAUCCUGCAAGCUUUCUCAGAGGCCACAGGUCUAAAAAUCAACUACAGCAAGAGCACCUUAGUCUCCAUUCACAUGGACGCUGGCUUGGCAGCAGACUAUGUCACCAUCAUGGGGAAAGAUUCAACGGUGCAGCAAGCUAUUAACUCCAACCUUCAUGGCUGCUUUGUAAAUCGAAUGUCAACGCAGGCAAAUGAUGAGUUGCAGCAGCUUAAGGUUAUCCUCCAACAAACCCAAUUGACGGAUCAACCGGACACACGGCUGUCGGCAUUCAGUCGGACAAAGGACAAGCUCGACACCUCGGCCAUCUACAGGCUACUCAAAGCCCAAGGACAUCAAGAUGACCCCUCUUCGGCUUUUAUCUGGAAGAACGCGACGCCACCUCGGGUUCAGAUGUUCUUCUGGCUACUCCUCAGAGGCAGAAUCCAAUGCAGGGCAAACCUAUACCGCAAGAACAUCAUGGACCUGCCAAACUGCCUCGUCUGCGGAAUGGACGAUGAGACGCCUGAUCACCUAAUCUUUGAAUGCCCAAUCGCUUCACAGUUCUGGCGGGUGCUUGGAAUACAGCCUGAUGGCCUACAUUGCAGAAACUGGCACCAUAUUCAGAGAGUGUCUGGAAUCCCCGAUGACCAAUACAGUGCCUUCAUCAUGAUGUGCUGCUGGGUGCUUUGGAAACGCCAAAAUGCGUUUGUUUUCAGAGAUGAAGUGAUCCCUAUUAGAACCAUUUUUCUACAAUGCAAAUCUGAAUCAGCAAACUAG